AUGGGCCGAACUUCGGGCGCUCGCGUAACGGCGGCCCACGCGGCCCCCCAGGUGGACAGCGCAGCCGAUAUCAGUGCGGGCCCAGUGGAACCCCUACACGCGAGUAAGACACCUGUUGGCGAGAACGCAGAAGAAGUUACAGAGGUUGCGGGAGAUUCUUUCGCGGGAGCCAACAGGGAGGUCUGUGUUGCAGAAAAAAGAAAAGAAGUUUCCUCGGGAACCGUGGGAAAGGCCCUUGCCGCCGACUCCGCGGACAAGGCCAGUCCACCCCGCGUACAGGAAUUGACAAGGGAGGUUGCCGGGUGGCCCGGUGGCAGUGAUGAUGUUGGAAAGGGGCCACGCAAGAGCGGCAACCGAUAUUUCAAGGAGCUGUCUGUUUUUCCUCACCUCACGCUUGUGCACAAGGCAAUGCGUCUCGAGGCCGACUCCUUAGAGCGCGGGAUGUUAACCAUGAACCGCAUCGAAGCCCGCCUCGACGAAUCGGAUAAGCGCGGGCGCGCUGAUGUUGCUGACGCGGUCCAGGAGAUCCGUGUGGAGAGGGCGAAUGCUACGUCGCAAAGGGAGACGGCAGAGCGCACACUUGCACGUGUUGAAGGGACUGUGGUGGAUCUGAAAACCCUAGUGACUUCCGCGAUCAACGGUGUCGCUGAGCGGACCCGCACGGAGGUUUGGCGCAAGCUUGUCGGCCUCGAAGACUCUGUGGCGCGGGCGGCGGAGCGUGGUGCGAGCGCGGGAGCUAUGAUCCUGAGGGCAAUGAUGGGGAACAUCGGGGGUAACGAUGGGCCGACUACCGACCCCGUGCAUUCCGCGGAUCGGGAUCCCAAAGUGGGAGCUGGUGCAGCGGGUGACGUGAGCCUGCCGCUGAUGCUUGCGGGCGGUGGUGAGCCAGUGCGUCAUGACAAACGCUCUGUUCCGCACGUUGCCGAAGGCGAGGCUUCCAACCGCGCGAAGAAAGCGAAGAGUGCUGGUGGUAUCACCAGUGCUGGCCCGAAAGAGGCCGCUCCUGAGGUGGCUGCUACGAAGGACGCUGUUGUUGCUUCUGGCAGGCCGGCGACUGCAGCGGCUGGCACGAAAGAGGACGCGGAAGAAUCUGUUGGCGACGAGGAGGCCGAGGCGAGGGAAGCGCGGAGUAAUUAUCUGGCGGCGCGGGCUGCGGCGAAAGGUGCUGUUCGUGGGGCUGAGGGAAGGGACUCUAAAAGUGCCGAGAUCAAACAGACGCCGAUGGUCGGUGUUCAUUUCACUCCGGGCCAAAAGAAACCCUUCUCGGUUGAGCUUCAUCAUGGAGGCGAGCGCUUCUAUCUCGGCUCGUUUUCGCAUGCUGGGCCCGCGCGCUAUCUGUCAGCGGUGGCACAGACCGUGUGGCACGACCGCGUGCAGAGUUCUGAGUUGGUGCUCACGGACAAGGAGGAGGAGGAAUGGACAUCCGAUCUCGAUCUCGCCCGAAAGAUGACCGCGGGACUUUACGCAAUCAUUUUUUCAGGAAACUUGCCGCUAAUCACAAGAGAAACGUCGCCCUUCCGCGGCUGUUUUCGCCGUUCUAUUCAACCGUGGGUCGUAACACUCUUAAGUGAAUGUUCGCGCAGGAUGUUGAACAUUUUCAAGACAAGUCGCGGAUUCUUGGACUCGAAGGUGAAGCCCACGGUCGAGUCCGUGAUGUGUGCUGCUAUUGGCCUUGAAGCCGCGGAUGACGAAACGGCGGUGAAAGGGAAAGCACAGAAGGCGCUAUAUGCGGGCGCGUUGGCGUUCGUGGUUAUGGCAGUGGAUUUAGGGUAUUGUGCUGCGGAGUUUCUUUUUCGGGUUAAUUGUUGCUGCUUAUGCUAG